UCCCCGGCAAAAAAAGAAGCUCAAUGGCCUCCGAGGUCUCCUCAUGAAGCUUUGUUGAGCACUCCCCGCGGACGAGAGCGAUACCGACGUAUGAUGGAGACAUCGCCUUCACCUUCACCGUCAAAGAGAGGUCGCAAUCUACCUUCGAUGAAUCUUUUGGCCGAGAUCGAAAAUGAUGAAGAAGAGGAUGAAGAGACAUUGGAGUUGAAGCUCCAGGAGAUUCAGGCUCGGCUGAAGUUGAAGAAGCUACAGAGUGCCAAAUCGAAAAAAGCCGAAGUCGAUCUCCACACCACCACGUCAGAGUUGGCGAUAUCGCAAGUACGCCCAAGGCGCGCCGCAACUCCAGAGGCAAAUCCUAUCCAAGUUCCUGCGUCUCCCGUCAGACGAAUCCAGGGACCACACACUUCUCCUAGCAGGGUGCUUUUGGGGAUCGACAAGGGUCUCAAGGCUAAAGACAUUUCCUUGAAGCGCGCGUCGAGCUACAGAGAUUCUCAAACAUCGAUAGAUAUUGGUCACACAGGAGGUUAUUUGCGAAGAUCGAGAACCACGACCAAUGUGACGGAGUCGCGCCCUCUAAGCUUCAACGAGCGUAUCGCCUCGGUGAGGACAGAAGAGGCUGCACGAACCCAACGUCAGGAAAAGAUUCAAAAGUUGAGAUCGAAUGCCUUUGGGAUUGGUCAGGAUGAGAUGGAAAGAUACAAGAAGAAUGCUGUCGACAUCCCGGAUGAACCACUUCAGGCCCCAGCCUUCUCCAGAGAAGAGAUCAUGUCCACCAAGCCGCAAACAAGGCCGACCCAGGAGAGUCGAAAGAAGAAAACACCACCCGGUGAGGUCCCCGAAGACCAAGCCGCUGGAUUCGAACCAUAUUCAAGCUUUCAUUUGUCAAAACGGAUUAUCCCUCAUGGUGUCCUCGCCCGCCAUGUGUCAGGCAAAAAGGUCUAUACACUCAAGGAUCUCCUCAGAGUUGUCAAAGCACCUGACUUUGCUUUACCCGAUGUGGAACAUGACAUUGUCGUGUUUGGAAUCCUGGCCAAAAAGUCGGAACCUCGUGCACACAAGCCAACUCAAGGACGGAAUGGCAAAACAGAGGACCGAGGAAAGUACAUGGUCAUGACACUGGUGGAUCUGGAAUGGGAACUGGACCUUUUUCUCUUCAACUCGGGCUUUACACGGUAUUGGAAGCUCACUGAAGGGACUGUUAUUGCGAUCCUCAACCCUAAUCUAAUGCCACCGCCACCAGGGAGACAAGACACUGGACGGUUCAGUCUUGUCAUCAACUCGGACGACGAUUCCAUCAUUGAGAUUGGCACAUCCCGUGAUCUAGGGGGCUGCCAAUCCGUCAAGAAGGAUGGCGAGUUGUGUGGUUCGUGGAUCAACAAGAAGCGAACUCACUACUGCGAAUUUCACUCAAACGAAGCUAUCCGCAAGCAGAGAGGAACCAGAUUGGAAGUGAACGGCAGCAGCUUUGGGGCAAGGAAGAACAACUCUAGAGAGGUACACAACUGGGGCCAGGAAAAGAAGCAAGAGUCGUCCAGGAAGUACGACUGGGAGACCAAGACACACUGGUUUGCGUCACGGACUAUGAGUGCUUCCGACUUGAUUGAUGGAAAGGACAGAACCCCCAACGACCGCAAGGAAAGGGCCGAGUUUAUCAAGAGAGACUUGGAGGCCAAGGAGAGAGAGCGAGACAUGAUGAAGAAGCUCGGACAGAUUGGAAAUGCAGCAGGAAGGGAAUACAUGCGGCUAGGAUCACGAGCAGCACCAGGCACAUCACAGUCGAGCCAGGCAUCGAACCAGGUAUCGGACUCCGAAAUCUACAGACCCGACGCCAAAUCUCUGGGGCUCUUGGGUAGAGAUCCCGCCAUCCAUCUCAGCCCUGUCAAACGCAAACGGCCUGACAGCUCACAAGCAGGUUCCCAAGACGGUUCACUCGGUAGCAGCAGACAAUCAGCAUUCGGCUGGGGAAGCAACCUCAGGGACAAACUCUCCAAGAUGAAAGAAGGAGAGAAGCUACGCAACGAUCAACCAGUACGGAAAAAGACUAGAUUCGUGACGGACAAGGGAAUUCGCGAAGCCGGCAGAGAGAGCCUCGGCAAUGAACUCGUCGAGCGGCAGGUCAGGCUCGAAGACGAUGAUGACGAACUUGUUAUUGUAUAA